UAUAACGAAUCGCCACUUUGCUACAUACGGUCGAAUAAAGUAUUAUAUUAUCCCUUUAUUUACCAAUUAUUUCUGUUUUUGGAAGUUGAAGACAUAAAUCAAGAUGCCACCGAAGGGUGCCGCGAAGAAAGAUGGUCCGAGCAAGAAGACCGAGAUGAAGAAAAAGGAGAAAAUUAUUGAGGACAAGACAUUUGGCUUGAAAAACAAAAAAGGAGCAAAGCAGCAGAAAUAUAUUACUAUGGUAGACAAGCAAGUUAAAGAUGGUGGUGUGAAGAAAAAGACGACUGAACCUGACAGAAAUGCGCUGAAAGAACAGAAGAAGAAGGAACAGGAGGAGUUGAACAAACUGUUCAGGCCUGUCCAAUCGGUCGGUAAAGGUGCUGACCCCAAGUCCGUCGUGUGUGCUUUCUUCAAACUCGGCCAAUGUAAGAAGGGUGAGAAGUGUAAGUUCUCUCACGACUUGACGCUCGAUAAGAAGGCGGAGAAACGAAGCAUGUAUAUCGAUAUGCGGGAGGAUGAGGAUAAUAUGGACAACUGGGACGAGGCAAAAUUGGAAGAAGUUGUCAAUAAAAAACACGGCGAAACUAAUAAGAAGAUGCCAACCACAACUAUUAUAUGCAAAUUUUUUCUCGAUGCUGUUGAGGGGAAUAAAUACGGAUGGUUUUGGCAGUGUCCCAAUGGAGCAAAAUGUCACUACAAACAUGCACUACCACCAGGUUUUGUGUUGAAGAAGGACCAAAAGAAGGAGGAUAAGGCAGACCAGGUGUCUUUAGAAGAACUCAUAGAAAGAGAGCGAGCAGCACUUGGUGUGAAUCUUACGAAAAUUACACUUGAGACAUUUGUCGAAUGGAAAAAGAGAAAGAGGAAAGAAAAGAUUGAUAUAGCCAGCAAGGAAAAAGAUAAAAAGAAAACCGACUUCAAGCAGGGCAGGAUGCUCGGGAUUAGCGGUCGUGAGAUGUUUGAAUUUAAUCCUGAAACGGGUGGCGAUGAUGAUGAUGCGGACGAUGUUCAGUAUGAACGGGAGGAUCAGGAUGAGGAGGAGUACGCUGAAGUGAAAGAAAUCAAUCUUGAUGACCUGGCUUCAAUGGCAAGUGAGGUGGAUGGUACUGGUACUGCGAGGAAAGAGGAUGAAAAAAUAGUCAAAAAUGGCGGAGACGAAUCGGCAAAAUUAGACGUGGCUGCUGCACUACCACCCGAUCCCGAGGCGAAGACAGCGGAAGCUAUCUCGGCUGCAAUGGCGGCUACGAUAAACGGGGAAGUUAUAGCGGGCGACGUGCCGAUUGACGAAAAUUUAUUCGACGGGGAAGAUUUGGAUUUAUUGGAAGAGGAUUUAGACACUUUAGACUUGGACGAUUAACCCUACAUCAGAGGAAAUAGUAGAAUUUGAUUCGGUUCGGACGUUUUAGUUCAACCUGUGCUCAGGUUACUUUCUCUCUACUGCAGAAUCGGUUAUUUUGGCGGAUUUUAAUUUGCAUUUGGUCCUCCUGUGUUUUUGCAAUUGUCUGUAUUGAACAAGAAGUUUGCAAUUGAAAAUCCUACCGGUGUGUUUGCGGGGUUACGUUUUCUCCUGAUCAAUGUGCUCGGACAAAAAUAAGUGAUUCUGCAGCAAAGAUGUCUUCUUCUUCUUCUGGUGAAGGAGCAAAUGAGUAUCGCUGUACUUUGGAAGUUCGUUGGCCAGUCUUUGCUGGUAAACAACACAUACUAUUAUACUAUUUUUGUUUUCCCCGAAUCCUUUGAAUUUGCCAAGUGUAUGUAGUUAUAUUAUUCUCCUUUUCGUUUGCUUGAUUAACCUACUGUAAAAUAUCGUUUUGUUUCCUGAAAAGCUAAAUUAAGCUGGCUUUUGGUAUGACAAUCAUGCCAUGGUGAUGUUGGAAUGUGAUUUACUGAUGUGCUAUCUGUCGCAAAAUGAGAAACUACUGACAUAAUUGGUGAAUUACGUUGUGGAGCUCUGAAAUUUGAUCACGAAGAACUUGGGAAAAACUCCCCAGUUACUGUCUGCUUGGCUGCAAAGUGAAAAUGGUUGUUCAUGGAUACAGGGUUGUUAAUUUAGAGCAUACGCAAUGCCACAUGCAUUUGGACUUCACUACUUCUAGACGUGUCAUUGUACAUGUAUGAGCAUUUCAGAUAAAACUAAGUCAGUGGGGGGGAUAUGAAUGAUAACUAGUUGAUGCUUCUGCUGAAAACUUCACGUUCUUUUACAUGAGGCAUUUAUGCACUGGACUGAAGUAAAGCAUUUGCUGGUCUUUAUUCAUACAUGUACCACCCAAGUAAAGGCUUAGUGUACAUUUGUAAAGACAUGAUUAUGUUAUGAAAUAUGAAUAUUACAAAAAUGUACAUGUUGAUCAUGUUAUGAUUUGACCAGUCUUGUAUCUGUUCAUGAGCAGAGUGGUGCUUUGCAGGCUGUCCCCUGUUGAAAGUUUUGGCAUGGUACUCCGGGACUGAAAAUGUAAUGGACUAUGAUCUGAAAUGAUCUGAAAUCUUCCCAAUAUUGUACAAAUAUAAAAUGAUGCAUCAUGUACUAACUAUAUCCAUGUAUGGUGGUCUUACAAGUUAUUGCCAUGAAUAAACAUGU